UCCUGGUUCGUCGGCUCCUCCGAGUGCCUUCCGGGUCUUGAGACUGCCCAAGUUGUGCAACUGAGAUACUCAAUGGAGGAUCUACCAGAGCCACUGCUUGGAGAGAUCGUCAAGAGGGUUACCAAGACAAGUGAUCUGAAUUCUCUUUCCCUCGUGUCGAAGCAGCUCUGCACCGUUGAGGCAGAGCAUAGGGAUGCUAUCCGUGUUGGCUGUGGACUCAACCCUUCUACAAAAGCCUUGGUAUCGUUGUUCUCCCGGUUCCCCAAUUUGGCGAAAGUAGAGAUAAACUAUUCUGGAUGGUGGCCCAGUAACGGGAACCAGUUGAACAACCAAGGCCUCUGUGUUCUGUCAUCUCACUGCCCCUCACUGUCCGAUCUUUCUUUAAGCUUCUGCUCUUACAUUGGUGACUCUGGUCUUGGUUAUCUAGCUGAUUGCAAAAAAUUGAGGUCGCUCAGGCUGAACUGUGCACCAGCAGUAACUUCUACUGGCAUUUUUCACGUGGCGGUUGGUUGCAGGCAUCUUUCUGUUCUUCACCUUGUUGACUGUACGACAGUAGACAGCAGGGAUUGGCUGGAGUACCUUGGGAGAUAUGGAUCAUUGGGAGAACUUGUUGUAAAGGAUUGCAGUGGAAUCAGCCAGUAUGACCUCUUAAAGUUUGGCCCAGGCUGGGAGAAUCUCCAAAAAUUUGAGUUUGAGAUUAAUGGAAACUACUGGAUGUCAGGGGCCUCUGACCCCUCCUACGUGUCUGGCUACCCAUAUAGGUAUGACAUCUGCUAUGAUAGCUUGAAGGAUCUUAGGUUAGCUCAUAUUAUAACCGAGCCAGAAACUGGACUUCGUUUUCUCCUGGGGAAGUGCAAAGCAUUGGAGACGCUUUAUCUAGAGUAUGUGAUUGGUCUAAAAGAGAAUGAGAUGAUUGCGCUAUUCCAGAGGUGCAGCAACCUUAAAACCAUCUCACUUCGGUUCAUGCCUCUGCGGUGUGAAGAUUAUUGGUUUAGGACGCCAUUGACUGAUGUUAGCCUUAAGGCUCUAGCUCUCAGCUGCCCUAUGCUUCAGGUUGUAGAGCUCACAUUCACACUUUGCGAACCCAUGUAUCCAACAGAAAUAGGUUUCACACAAGAGGGUAUUGUGUCGCUCGUCCAAUCUUGUCCAGUUCGCACUCUUUUGCUAAAUGGUGCCAGCAUUUUGUAUGACGAGGGGUUGAAGUGCCUCUCAUCCUCACAGUUCCUGGAGAAUCUUGAGCUCGUGGAUUGCAGGUCUAUAACCGAUGCUGGUAUGAACUUCAUUACACUGGCUCCUUGCUUGAGCAAUCUCACCCUCCGCAAAUGCAAGAAAGUGACAGAUAAUGGAAUGGCUGAGCUGGCACGUUCACAGAAGUUGGAGUCACUAACCGUUAUAGGCUGCUGUCAGAUCUCUCAGGAGGGUGUGCAAGGGGCUGCCAAAUCAGUUCACUACUCUGCAGAGACUGAAAGCCACGACAGUCUAAAAGGAAUGAACAUGGACAGGGACAUGAACAGGAAAAGACGCCGGUCGCCCUGAAUCCAAUCUUUGGCUAUUAAUUUGUGUUUGCUAUAUAUCAGCAGAAGCUUGAAAACACAAAACUAUGAAAGUAAAUUCGGUGGACAGGUCCACCUGCCAUUUCCAUGCAAUAAGUUUUAAUUGGCUUUGUUGGAUGUUCUAGACUUGUUUCGGUAAUGCGAGCUCUGUUUUAGGAAUUUGCCAGAAUUCUUGUGUAUGUUAUGACAGUAGCUUCGAUUUGUAAUCUCUUUUUGCAUUGCUCAUAUCUGUAAGGUCUACUUCCUUUGACUGAGUGCUCCAAACAUCAACCUAUUAUUCUUAUACCUUUUGCC